UGACGGGUUGGCGCGAAAGUAGAAUAGUAAAACCCCCUUUCCAACGAUCCACAAACGCAGCAUUUCCCUUCCCCCCCUUUCUCUCUCUCUCUAGAAAUUAUAUUCCCAUUUACCCAGACCCCGCAACUUCAGCAAAUCAAUGGCCUUCCGAUUCCUCUUCUCCCGCACCGAUAGGGAUCAGGGAAUGGAAGAGGAAGACGGUGGCGGUGCGUUCGAAGACGCCAACGGCGAGACGACGAUGACGACGCCGCUCUCCGCCAUCGCGGAGGCGUUCGAGGAGCUCUCCCGAACGGUGGGGAAGUUUAACAUCAACGGCUGCUCGGACGAUUGUCUCCGAUUGAAGCCCUUUUGCGACGCCUGUUCUCUCGUUUCGGUCCUCUUCGGAUGCCUCGGCAUCGCGUUUAAAUUCGCCGAGUACGAAUACUGCUCCAAGGUGCGUGAUCUUGUGGAAGCAUCAAAGAUAUAUGGAACUUUAAAUAAUAUACUUGACAUUGAUGUCAAAAAUGAUACAGUGAAAACACAUGGAAGCCUUUCACGUAAUCUACGCAGAGUUAGGCAGGGCCUCGACCUCAUUAGAGCUUUAUUCAAAAACUUCUUGUCUUCAGAAUAUUGCACUUUAAAAGAAGCAGCAUCAACAGCUUACGCAGAAGUUUGUGCACCAUACCAUACAUGGGCAGUCCGGACAGCAGUUUCUACUGGAAUGUAUGCUCUCCCAACGCGGGAACAACUUCUGCUGAAGCUAAACGAAACAGAUGAGUCCGCAGAAAAGGAGAUGAGAAGGUAUAUAGAAGCCUCACUCCCAAUUAUAGAAUACAUAGAUAAGCUCUAUGUUAGAAGGAAUAUCAGCUUGGAUUGGUAAUUUGUUUCUCUGUUCGGGAGGGAUCAGAUGAAACAGACCUCUUGUCUGGACGUUAAGCCAAGUUCAAACCUACAUUUUGUUUCUCCAAGAAAUUGAAGUACGAGUAAAGACAUACUGCCAUUGCUGCCAUUAAGUAUGUCAUUCAUUCUUUCAACCCAACGAACCAGAGUACUUGAUUCGCUUGAUCUGGUUGAUGAAGUCGGGCAGUUCUUUCUGGUAGUAGCCAGGUGAUAGUAUUCCUGCGAUUGGCUGAGUUAUUGUAUACACUUUUGUUUACCCUUUUCAUUGUUUUGCUUGUACAUGAAAUAGAUUCCUCCAGUCAGCUGCAUAUUUUUUUCUUUUUGAUAAACUAUUAGCAAACAUUGUUGUAUAAGUAAGCAUUUCUAAUGAAAUUAGACAAACAUAUGCCUUA